AUAUUGAGGUUGCCUGUUAUGGUUAUGAAGGGAUAGAUGCAGUAAAAGAAGCUUUGAGAGCAGGCUUGAACUGUUCCACGGAGAACAUGCCUAUUAAAAUUAAUCUGAUAGCCCCUCCUCGUUAUGUGAUGACUACAACAACACUGGAGAGAACCGAAGGUCUCUCUGUUCUAAAUCAAGCCAUGGCUGUAAUUAAAGAAAAAAUUGAGGAGAAGAGAGGUGUCUUUAAUGUGCAGAUGGAGCCUAAGGUGGUUACUGACACAGAUGAGACUGAGCUUGCAAGGCAGUUGGAAAGACUGGAGAGGGAAAAUGCUGAAGUGGAUGGGGAUGAUGAUGCCGAGGAAAUGGAAGCCAAAACCGAAGACUAAUUAUUCUGGGACAUUGAGAAGAGACAGACCAUAUGAAAAAUUAAAGACCCCCAUUGCAAACACUCUGGACUAAAUGUUUCCAGUAUUGAAAACUUCAAAUGCAAAUACCCCAAGUGUUUUACCAUUUAAAAAAGACCAAUAUGUGAAAGGCUCUUCUAAAUAACAUUUGAUGCAGCAACUUACACAAAUUGAAUCCUUCUUGAAGGCAAGGUGCUAGUCAGAUUCAGACACAGGUCUGGCCAGAAGGAGGCUGCAGCCACCUGCUUAACGCUUUCAUACGUAACAAUUCCAAGCUGGUUAAUACAGCUCAGUGUAUCUGUUAGUGAUCUUUCCUAGGAGCACCAAAACCAAGCAAGCUGAACAGUUCUAUACAGAAUGUCUUUGACCAAUUGUUCAAUAAAUUUCUGGGCUAUGUUAACUCC